CCUGCUAUACCCACAUCCACUACUCCACUUGUCUAGGAGCAGGAACAUCGGAAUUCGGUGGUAUCGCGCUCUGUCGUCCGCCAUCGCUGUGCAUUUCCAUGCCAGUGCGUCACGGUCGCGCGUGUGGUGCAUUGCGUUUAGUGCGAGGCAAGGGCUACGGUCGCGUCACGAUUAUGUCGAGUAUCGCGAAGCAUCCGGAACGACUGCCGCAGGCGUUCGUCAAAUAACGCGAGUCGACGAACGGCAAGCGGCGACGAGGUCGCGCGUCGCGCCGAGGACGGCCGAGAGAAAACGGAGCGACGGAGCUCCUGAAAACGGGAUCGCCGACAGCUACCGAGACUCUUCCACGUCGUACAAAGGGGAAGAAACAAGGAGAAAACCAAACAAACCCCACGUGAGCUUAUCAUCACCGAAGUGGCGGUCACGCAAAGUUCCGAUAUGAGGGAGUCUAAAAGAGACUGGAUUUUUAGAGUCCAGGUACCUAACUUGGAGAAAAAUGAAGUGGUUUAUGUGGUUGGAAAUUUGCCUGAGUUGGGUGCUUGGAAUCACAACCAGGCUAUCCAGAUGUCGCAAGAACAUAGCAGUCGGAGAGGGUCUCCUAUAAUGUUAGAUAAUAACAGCAGCGGGGAUUUCUAUAACGAAGAUGGGGACAAUGCAGCUGACGGCAUAUUUGAAGAAGAUGGACGAAUAUUCUCGCAGAAAGUUGCUCUUCCCAUCGACGCAAAUAUCGAGUUUCGAUAUUUUAUAGCUGUUAUCUGCGAAUCGAACGGCACUAAAAAUUCGGCCAAAACUCUGAUUAUCCGCAGAUGGGAAACUCACAUGACACCACGAGUAAUUAAGAGAAAUACACCAAGUAAUUUUGACAAUGACACAUUGCCAGAUCCUGACAAAUUUGGCUAUCAUAAUAAUUACAGCAAGAUUGAACAAGGUUGGCUGACAGAUGAGACUGUGAUACAAUUUAAACUUUUUAACAAUCCUGUUAAACUCUGGAAGAACCGGUUGCAAAACAAAAAAGUUCAUAUUAAGAUGACACCUGUAAAUCUAGUUAGGCAUAAUUCUUUAGAACUGCAACAGUUUGGAGGCGAAUGUAUAGACGACAGUCUUUCUAUGGAUACGCAAGAUAUUGUUGAUCAACCCGCUUUUACCAGUAUUACAGAAAUUGCUGUGAUGAAUGAUGAAGAGGCUAGAUUCAAGUCCCAGGAGCAAUUCGGCCGUCCUCACAAUGAAGACGAAUUUUUAAUCUUCAAUGUUGCCGUUCGGUAUCCUGAAACAAUCGGGUACUUAGUGGACUACUACGUGCACAGCUCAAGAUGUUUCCCAGGAGAACCACCAAAUCACAUUGGUUUCAGCUACAUCUUGCCGGGUGCUUUACAACCUAGCGUUGGACUUCUGACGGUACCAAUUACUAGUACAAAACAUAGACCUAUUGGCCAACUGACGGUGGAAUAUGUUGUCAUAAAACCAAUACCGGAUCAUCCAUGGGACAUGAGCAUCUCAUACGCGAAGCAUUGGGAACAGCGUUGGUCAGGCUUAGAUGUAGGACACAGAGGACUUGGUACAUCUUUCAAAUUCGAAACAAAGAAUUGUGCUAACGUGCGCGAGAACACAGUCGCAUCAUUGAAAACCGCGUCUCAUCACGGUGCAGACAUGGUCGAGUUCGAUGUCCAGCUAUCGAAGGAUCUUAUACCUGUGAUCUACCAUGACUUUUACGUAUCCAUCUCAAUGAAGCGUAAGAAGCAGAUAGAGGCUAUGGAUAUGCUAGAGAUACCUGUCAAAGAUCUUACUUUAGAGCAGCUUCAUCUACUCAAGGUUUAUCACGUAGCUGAAGGUCGUGAGAAAAAUCCGAGAUUCUUUGACGAGGAUUUGGAAGAUCAUCAGCCCUUCCCUACGCUACAAACUGUGCUGCAAGAACUCGAGCAACACGUUGGAUGCAAUAUCGAAAUUAAAUGGACCAUGCAAUUGAAGGACGGCACGUUCGAACUCAAUCAUCCCUUCGAUCUCAACAUGUAUCUAGAUAUUAUUUUAAAAGUGGUAUUAGAAUACGGGGGUCAUCGAAAAAUCGUGUUUUCUUCGUUCAAUCCGGAUAUAUGCGCAAUGAUCCGUCUCAAACAAAACAAGUAUCCAGUGGUGUUUUUAACACAAGGCAUUACAUCGAAAUAUCCCACUUAUCACGAUCCAAGAUGCCAAACGAUACCGAUGGCCAUGAGACACGCAUUAACCGCAGAUAUCCUAGGAAUUAACGUCCAUACCGAAGAUAUUCUUCGGGAUCCGUCUCAAGUCAAGUUAGUCAAGGAUGCGGGAUUAAUUAUCUUCUGCUGGGGCGACGACAACAAUGAUAAGGGUACUAUUCAGUAUCUGAAGAAACUCGGCUUACAUGCGGUUAUAUACGAUAAAAUCGAUGAAUAUAACGCGAAAGAAGUGAAGGAGAGUAUAUUCUUAGUGGACGCUAGAGAAAGCCAGAAAGAGCUGAUAGCCUUGGCACACUGCAAUCAAACACCACAGACACAAAUCUCUACUCCCCUCAACACAGAAAAGGAAUAUUAUUUGAAUCGACCGUCAACGACCACGUCGUUGAAGAACAUUAUUGGCGGUGACAGCAUAUAUUCCGUGCCAAACAUGAAGUUGCCGACCAACUGCGAGGAGAGCAUAGAAAUUAACGAAAUGACCAAGGAUUUCAGUGCCUGCGCGAACACUUUUGGCCAUUCGGUGAAAGCAAACGGCGCAUCCGACGUAAUUUGUAAACAACCGACUCCUCUACCUGAGUUUUAUGGAGAAGACGAGGCGGCGAAGGAUUGCCUCUGAUGCUUUUCCUUCAAAAAAUCCUUCUUCUCAUGGUUUUCAUGGAGAAGUGUCAAUAAGAAGGAUCCUACGCCACGCGAUGACAGGAAGAACUUUUUUGUAAUUUAUGAUACGCUGUAAUUGAUAGGCCGGAAUAUUAUCGAGAAUUAUGUACUUCUGAAAUCUGUGUGGCGCUCUUAUAUAGAUCGUCAUACAGAUUAUAUUUAAAUAACCCGGAAUCAAAACCAAUCAAUGUUGUUCUGAGAUUUGUCAAAGGACCUAUUCUGCAUUCAACAUUUAGCUUUAAGUAUAACUAUAUGAUACACAGCCUAUUGCGUGAUUGUUUCGCACCUUAAAAAGCAAUCAGAUUAAUCAUGUCUAACGGUAAUAGUGAAACUUACAAUUUCAAUAAAUCCUACUGACAGAUCAUAGAAUAAUAUUGAUUGCUUUAAGAUAUCGAUAUAGUACGUGAUGUGCAAAGAAAAAUAAUCCGAUUUACUAUUCUCAUAUUUUUCCAAUCGGUCCAUUUUUUUGCGCAUUGUACAGCGUGUGUCGGAAAAAGUGUGUAGCCGGAUACUCGUGAAGAAAUUGGGAAUUGAUCCUUCUUUAAUCCUAAAUAUAUUAUUCAAUUAGUAGAUAAUCAUAUAUUUGCACUUUUCCAAACUUUAUUCAACGAUGGCUGUAAUUUUUAGUCGAAAUGUUAAAAAUUUAAAAACUCAGAACGAGUCCAAGUUUUAAAGAAUCUAGACACGCAAAGAUUUAAAAUGUCUAUGUUCCAUAUGUCCAAAUUGAAAUCUAGGUAUUCAAAAAUUUAAACACAAAGAUCUAGGAACCUAUAUAGAUCUAACGAUUCAACGAUCGAAAUGCCUAAAAAUGUAGAAAUGUAGGAAUCUGAGAAUAGAGUUUUACUUAUAUUAGAUAGUUCGUUAUUUAAUUGCUAGAUUACGUAUUCCCUAUAAAAAGAAAUUGCAAGCGGAUUGUUUAAUCCAUUCGUUACCGGCAUACAACUGUUUCCACGCGCUCCACGUGCACUCUAGUAACUUUAAACAAGAAUAUUCUUAGUGUACUAAUGAAUCCUGCGCAGGAUGUAGAACGAUUUUAACUCCCACGAGUCCGCUCGCGGUGAGCCGGUGCGGGAGUUAUGUUUUUAGUACAAAUGUCUUCAGGUAUAUAUUUUUAUUUAUAAUCAGGAAGAAAACAAUUCUCUCCUCUCGUAUCUCUUCCGCUGUCGAUUUAAACGUUACAAUACGCGAACGGAGAAAAGGAAAAGAGAGACAGAAAAAAAGCAAACGAAGAAGACGAAGAAAAAUAGCAAAUUGCUCGUUACGCGGAUAGCAAACUAAAUGCCAUUAGUUGAUACGAUUUUUUACGAGCUGUCGAACGAAAAAUCGCGCCGAAUGCGAGAGCGAAUGAUCGCGCCGCACCUCGAAUUGCCUUCUCGACAGCUGUACCUCAAGUUUUAAUAAGACCGUAACGUAAACUAUUUUUCGUAAUCAUCUAGGAAGUACUUCAUGUUCAUUUAUUUAUGUCAUCUGACAAUUCGCACGAUCAGCACGAGCGUAUGAUCAAGAAAAAUAAAGAAAAAUCGUAAAAGGAGCACGCACACAUCUCGUUCAUUUUUUUUCCAUUUUUUGUUUCGUCACACUUUUAACACUGACAUCAAGUCAGUGCGUAGUUUUGCUCAUUCUGAGUAGUCUUACGGUAACGCUGCGAAUAAUUUACAGUCUCUUCGUGGUGUACAACAGACGCCCGAUGUUCAGAUGUACUUCCGACUCGGUCGCGCGAGAGACCUGCCGUCGCGUCGGGAGUACUUUUCGGCGAGGAAAGCUCCGGGACGUGUCGGUCUCUCGCCGAUUUUUAGCGCACCAAGUGCGAUCGGAGGGCAUCGAACGCGAGAAGCAUCAUUCGCUUUCUAGCAAACAGUCUCCCGAAUGCAUAUGUUCUUUCGAGAGAAAAAUAACGUUAACCCUUCAACCGAUAGCGUUGUCCAUCCAUAGCUUAGUGGCAUGAACGAGCCGAGCUCGUCGCACCGUCCGCUUCGAUUUUUGAUAUCACGAAAUAAUUCGCGUUUUUUUCAUUGACGACAAGCGAUACACCUCGCCGUGGAUAAAUGGGGAACCAACGCUUUGCGCUCGGAAUGCACUUGUCAUAACAAAACAUUAGGUCGGGGCAUACUUAUUUGUCCGUCAACGCCGACUAAAAGUUUUGCCAUCGCAAUUUCCAAAUUGCAGGUUUAUCAAUGGGGUACGGAAAUAGAGACGGAUAAAAUUAUCCAACAGGUUAUUGAAUAGUGAAAUCAGAUUGUCGCUUGUGCGACGUGAUUAAAGGAAAUUUAAUUAACUAAGGGAUCUAGAUAAGACAAAUAUAAGCGGCAGCUUUGCGCCGAUAUAAUGAUCUCGUGAAUAAUGGAUGUAAUGGGGGGUACGGGUCCGGAUACCUAUAUAUUAGAAAUACUAAUAAUCAUUCUUAUUAUUAUAAGUAUAAUAAUACCGUAUUAGCAUUUGUAUCAUAGCGCAUCGAGGUCCUGUUAUAAUAAUUUAAUAAUAACCUAUUGUUAAAAGAUUAUACGCUACGAUAACAUAAUGCUGUUAUAUUAUUACAAUGGUAAUAUCGACACGAGAUGCGGAUCGAAACCGGGUUGAUGCUUCGCAGCGCAAAGAGUUGAUCUGCCGGCUGAAGGGUUGAAGGAAACGGACGUGCAGCGGCACGCCGAGCGUCUUUGUAAAAUUUUUUACAGGAAAGGUAACAUGCGUACUGCAUUGAGAUAGCAAAAAAAAAAAAGAAGCUGUAACAGGCUAAUUGUAUCAAGAGUGAUUGUAUCAAUCGUCGAGACUCUGGCAAUGUACAGUACAUUUGUUGAAAGGAUACUAAGCAAAUACACGAUCUGUACGUUACUGCGAGAUCACGUCGCUGCACUAUGCGGGGGGUGUGAUAUUACAAUACUUCUCUUUCCUUUUUUUCCCCGGUCGCCUUGCCGCGGAGGCCGAGCGUCCCUUUAAACUUUCUGCGUCCAACGCAAGUAGCGACUAUAUAAAAAUCGCGGAUGUCCUCUCGCCGAGGAAGGAUUCGAACUUCAAGAUAACGCAAUUAAACGCCGAAAAAACGAAAGGCUAACAAUGCGGAACGCUAAUUAAAUCGGGAAAACACCUCAGACUUUCUUAUCGACGAUAAUUAUUUUUUUAUAGAUUAUACGGCAUCAACCGGCGAGUACUGUAUUAAUAAUUAGCGUUAAUAAGUGUAAACGGCAAAGAGAUAAGCUCGGAGCUUAAAUGUCAUGAGAUUCGAGUGUGUAUUCCGAGAUAACGGCUUAAAUCCGCGAUUUUGCAUACUUAUAAUUGAGAUAAAGAUCGCAGAAUCGGCUUUAGAGAAAAUUUAUGCGCAUUUAUAACAGUCUUACCUAGUUUCAAUAUCUUUAUAGGAACUUACCGUUCCAGCUUGGCUUUUUCUGACUUAUUAAAUUUCUUAUGAUAAGUAUAGAUUUUAUCUGAUGGAAUGCGGGAAGAAAUCUAAAGCCGACACCGAGAUAAUUAAAAUACUCAGAUGCAACCUUUUCUCAUUUUCCAUCUAUUAUAUAUUGUUAUUAACAUAUCAGUAUAUAUGUAUGUAUAUAUAUGUAUUAUAUAUUAGAACGAUUCAUUUUUCCUGUUUAAGUUCUGAGCAACUCCAUGCGUCAGUUGGCGAACUUUAUAAGUUUUGCGAACUCGAUGUGUCACGGUCUCCGAAACCGUUUUAACCGAUAAACUCGGAGCAUAGUUAAGAUUUCUAAUGAUUGUCUAUCUUUACUUCUAUUUUGUUCAUAUUAUACGACACAACGAUCGAGAAGGAUUGAAGUAAUUUAUUCUUGCCGAGAUAAUAAAACAUUUGUAUUAUCAAAA